AUGACGGCAAAGGGCGGUUUCACCAGUGCGGGCCAAUUGGGCCCCAACCGUGCCGAGGGUGCCCACCAGCAUCUGCCCAUUCUCGCUGCAUCCAGCGACGCUGCCAGGCCUGCCCAUCAAUCUGAACCAUCUCCAUCUUCUGCUGCCCUCGUCAACCCGGAUUUGCACCGUCAGAGCCACAGCUCGUCUAAGCUGCCCGCCUUUCGCUUCACUGACCGAAGGGCCAGCAGUGGAAAUACCGCUAGCAAGGCCGACACACCCCUGUCAAUCACCAUAACCACUGCCCAGCGCAACCAUAGCCGGAUCCCCAGUCAGGACCUGAAAAAUAACAACAACAAUAAUAAUACCACCACCACAACGACAACCAGCGACGGCAGUCACAACCUCAUCACCGACGCAUCCACUGACACUUCGACGUCUGCUUCUCUCGCCCCCGCCACUUCCCAAAACACAUCAGCGGCGCUCCCACUGCAGCCGUCUCUUGCGCUCCACGCUCCCUCUCCGCCUGUCUCACCCAAUCCGGGCUCCAGCGUCGCCCCGGCCUCUGUCUCACACCCGGUCCCGGGCGCACUCCCAUCCACAGCAUCAGCAGAUCCAGGCCCAUUGGCGCCUCCGAGCACGUCUGCUAGUGGACCAGUCGCGGCGCCAGGCAUUUUCUCAGCACCAGCGACGGCCCCGGCGACGACCCAUUCUAACCUUUCUCACCCGACAACGCAUCACCACGACGAAAAACACGCCGACACUGCAUCAGUCUCUGCAUCUGCAUCUGCGACCAUAAUCGCCUCCGUGAACACAGCAUCGCCCACUGAACUCUCGCCCACCGACGACGUCUCACCGCCGCUUUUGCGAUCGCGUUCCAGGGCCUCUUCCUUUCAACCCUCGUCAGACGUCUCGGUAGUUGAGCCUUCACCCCAGGCGAAGCGUCCCGCAUCCGUCCCCGACGCACCUGCACCUGUCCAAGGCGACACCCUCUCCCCGCAUCUCUCCUCCAACAAGAAUCGGACCCGACGAUCCUUGGUAUCUCGCAGAUCAACAGCCGCUGCGGCCUCCACUGGCCCGCCACUUUCUUUGAACGCGGAACGCCUGCACGCCAUCGAGGCCAUCGAGGCCGCCCAGGGUGCUCACGCUUCCUACCCCUCCUCAUCCGACGGCGGUUCAGUCAAGGGUUCUCCUUCCUCUGGUCAGCGAGAAUUGAUAUUGCCCAAGACGUUGUCCAAGCCGAGCUCGAUCGAUGAGAGGCGAUCGUCCCUCUCGCAGCGACCUCCCGUAUCCUACCGGCCGCCUCUCAGUAACAAUACCGAGCCGCCGGCCUCGAAUCCCGUUCGCGUUCCCCCCAUCCGAGCCUUUCGCUCAUCAGGCUCUCGCAAGAGCCUCACCCUCGACAUGAAUUCCAGGCCGCGCUACUACGAUUUCGGGGAUGACGGCCCCGACUCCAACCAUGACCAAACUCUGCGCGCCCUAGAGGGCAGAGCCGACCAUGAAGUUUUGCGCUCAGCACCUGCUUUCUCAAGCCGGCACGACGCCUUCGAUAACGAUGACACCGGCGAUGUUUUCCUCAAGAUUGCCCGCGAGGAGGCUUCCCGGCGACAACCGGACGAGCAGCCUGCGGAUGAGACCCGAAGUGUCGUGUCACGAUCAACACGAUUCUCCCAUCGCCGACCACUAUCCAACGUUGUUCCAGCCCGCCAGCCCUCUUCACCUCCCCAGGUGCGGCGUCGUCUUUCUGACCAGCAGGAAACGUCUCGGUCAAGGGGCUAUGACGACGAGAGAGCCAGUGAGGUCUCUCGUAUGUCCACUUACCGAUCAUUGACGAGGGACAAAGCCGCAUCGGUACAUCCCGGAGAGGAUUUAAGCCGCCGAUCGACUAUCCGGCCAUCACCGGUGACGCCUCGAUCGAUAGCCUUCCAGGAGCCCGGCAACGAUGCGACGUCUCGCCGACGUCCCUCAGUCACCGACAACUCGAACUCGAACUCGAACUCGAACGGGCAAACGCGCAGUUCCACGUAUAAAUCUGCUUUGGGACACCACAACAAGACGUAUAAUUCGUCCCCACUAGUUCGAUCUUUCGAUUUCCAGCGUCAACCAAACCAAGAGACAAGUAACGGGCCUGAAGGAACUGAGUCCACUCUGUCCACCACAGCGCCCUCAACCGUGUGGGAUGAGCUUGACGAUCUCAAGUCUCGGAUUCACCGUCUGGAAUUGACAGGCAAGCUCCCGUCAACAUCGGGCGCCGCUGUAUCGAGACUAUCAGAUGAACGACCACCAACAGCAACCACAACGGUAACCACCAUCUCCUCAUCACCUAAGCGAGUUACCAACGGUAAUCAGAACGCGGACGCUGUUAGCACCACGUCUUCGCACCGAGAAUCGCACCCGAUCCUGCACUCGGCCCUUGCCAAAUCCAAGGUUCUGCUUGAUGCCGAAGUAUACCGGGCUCUUGAGGCUGCCGCAAACGAUGCCAUGGCGCUUUCUUCUAUGAUGGGAACCGUCGGUCAGCCCGGGCCAAUCUCGAGUGGCGCCAGCACCAUUGGUUCUGGCACAACCGUCACCGAUCGCCAAUUGAGACGGAAAGCGGAGGGUGUGUGUCGAAGCCUAACAGAGCUCUGCCUUGCGCUGGGCGAGGAGGUGACACAAACACGACCACGGCAGUCGGUGGAGGCCCCCCCUCCUGUUCAGAACGACGCACCGACGACACCGACGAUCAACAAGACAUUCACCGGUUUUACUCAUCAACGUCGACCGAGUCUGUCAAACACCGAGCAGGCCUUGGCAAGGGCGAAUACUAGUCCUCGAGCCAUGUCCAAGUUUGAGGAGAGGAGACUCAACAUCCUCAACGGAAACUCGCUCCCUGCUUCUCGUGUGUCAAACUCUACGCCAUCUACUCCACUGGAGCCAAUCUCGCAGCGGAGAUCUUCUCUUUUGGUGGCUCGGUCUCGCCGGGCAGGCACUGAGGAACCAGAAGAUGGCAGGAAGUCAUCUCUGUUGCUGAGAACUCGACGCGCAGGAACCGAGGAACCCGACGAAGGCCGAAGAACCUCCCUGUUUGUGCGUGGUCGAAGAGGAACAGUUGGCGACGAGAGCGAAGACGAAAUGAAGUUCAGAUCGCCUUCACGAGCGCACACUGAGCUCAACGCGAUUCGCACAGUGACACAUGAUGCGACGCCACAACAACAAGCGUCUGACACUACUUCAGCCAUUCCCCGCCGACGAUUCGCCUCUUCCAACCUUACCGUUUCCCGGCUAGCGACGCCUGCGACUAGUAUGGCAACGCCCCCUCGGAGAUAUCUAGAGAGAUCCACUCAACAGGAUCACAACAACAAUAACAACAACACGGUGGCUGACAAGCUCGCCGAGGAUCGCGGACAACGCUACAUGUCGAUGGGACAGACGACGUUGAUCAACCGAACCGGCAGCAUGAUCAGGAGGCCGAAUCGAGACAGCAUUGUUGCGUCUGCCAACCCUUCUACAGCUGCUGGCGGCUACAGAUGA